GUGACGAAGGGGCGUAGCUCUCUACGUGCAGCGACGUGGCGGAGGGGCCGGCGCCGGUCGGCGGAAGUGAUUCCCGCGCUGGGACUUGAGUGUUUGUGUUUUGGUUUGUGAAGAAGCCGGCGGCGGGCCUAAGGGGAGGAGGCAGAGGAGGGAGGAGGAGGAAGAAGUAGUCGAAAUCCGAUCGCCGGCGGCGGCGACGGAGGAGUAGAAAGAAAAAAGGAAGGUGGAGAGGGGAGAGGCGGAGACGGAGUCUGACUGGGGCGGCACCAGCGGCAAGAGCCCGCACGGUCCAGUCUGAGGGGAGCGGUGCGAGGAGGAGACGCCGCCACAUAAACCACAGCCUCAGCCUCAGCUGCAUCCUUAGGGCUGCGCCUGGCAUCUGCUCUGGGCAAGCUUUGCCUCCGCGGCCCCGCGUGCUGCGAUCUCAGGUUACUACUUCCAGAAAGAAAAAGUGACACCUUACAUCCUGGAAGCUCGUUUAAAAGUCUGAAAUUAGGGACUUCUAUCAAAUUUGGACAUGGCUAAUCGAGGAGCAACAAGACCCAACGGGCCAAAUACUGGAAAUAAAAUAUGCCAGUUCAAACUAGUACUUCUGGGAGAGUCUGCUGUUGGCAAAUCAAGCCUAGUGCUUCGUUUUGUGAAAGGCCAAUUUCAUGAAUUUCAAGAGAGUACCAUUGGGGCUGCUUUUCUAACCCAAACUGUGUGUCUUGAUGACACAACAGUAAAAUUUGAAAUAUGGGACACAGCUGGUCAAGAGCGAUACCAUAGCCUAGCACCAAUGUACUACAGAGGGGCACAAGCAGCCAUAGUUGUGUAUGAUAUCACAAAUGAGGAAUCCUUUGCAAGAGCAAAAAACUGGGUUAAAGAACUUCAGAGGCAAGCAAGUCCUAACAUUGUAAUAGCUUUAUCAGGAAACAAGGCUGACCUAGCAAAUAAAAGAGCUGUAGAUUUCCAGGAAGCUCAGUCGUAUGCAGAUGAUAACAGUUUAUUAUUCAUGGAGACAUCAGCUAAAACAUCAAUGAAUGUAAAUGAAAUAUUUAUGGCAAUAGCUAAAAAGUUGCCAAAGAACGAACCACAGAAUCCAGGAGCCAAUUCUGCCAGAGGAAGAGGAGUAGACCUUACUGAACCCACACAGCCAACCAGGAGUCAGUGUUGUAGUAACUAAACCGCUAAUUUGAACUAGCUGGAAUAUUCUUCUGCUUCCUAAAUGUUAACAGUGGAAUUGGAGCAUUUAACCAGCCCAGUAUGACUUCCAAAAAGAAGAGACUUAUGAUAGAGUCAAGUUUCUAAUACAGAAUUAUUUUAAGUGUUUUGAACUUAAUUUUUAAUAACAUGCAUGUGUCCCUCUGAGUAAUGUUUCAGCAAUAGAAGGGAAAAGUAAAAGUGUACACUUGUUUUAUUGGAAGGUUAGGGGAAAUCAUUCUCAUCAGUGGGGAUUUAGAAUAAUGACUAUCUGGACCCACAGUUAAUCAGCCAGUUCCUCCAAACUGGUAUGCUACAGUACUCUGAGAAAGAUUUGGAAUUCACUAAUUAGAGCUUUUCAAAAACAUUCUCCUUUUAGGAGACUUAAGAUAUUUAUGCUUAGCUACAGUAUUCAGACAAGUGGUAAUUUCUCUUGGUAUCUGUAUUUAAAGUGUACAUUCCACAUUUUAAUAAAUUAGCCAUAAGAACACAGUCCCACAUCUUCAGUGGAAAAAAUAAACACUGGUGGCAUACUGUAUCUAAAUUAUAGCCAGUACCAUUAUUUCUUACAUGGUGGUAAAAAUCAUUCUGUUUUAGAAAUAUGAAAACUGAUAACUGUAUCUUGAUGGAUAGUGUUCCCUUCAAACAUGUGAGCUCUUCAACAAAAGUGAAGCAGACCUGGUGUCUGAUUUCAGCUUAAUCACUGCGGGCCAUUUAUAGGGUGGUUUUAUUGUUUGAGGGCAGGGAGGGAGCUUGUUCCCUUUGGACAUAAUAUAGUCAAUGCACUAACAAUUAUGUACAUUCAAACUUGAUUAUUUUAAAUUCGAUCUUCAGAUGUACUGUAAAUAGGGUACUGCAUUGUAGCCUUCAUAUAUGUUUAAUACUUUUCUGUAAUAUUUAAGAGUUGCUUAAAAAUAUACAAAAUGUACAGAUACUAAAACAGCUAAUUAUUUCCUUCUCUCCCCCUUUCAGGGGAAGGGGCUUCAGUUGUUCCUACAUUGCUAGAACCAUAAUAAACAAUGUACCUGUAAGUUGUAACAUAAGUAUUGCGGUGUUAGUAACGAACUUUCAGCCAACCUUGUUUUCCAAAGUUCAAUUUAUUUUGAUCGGUUCAGUAUAUUGCACUAAUUCUUUUAGUUAUUUUCUUUGUAUGAAAUCUACCAUGUGUCAGAGAUGAUUUAAUCUAUUUAAGUGAUGAACUGCUAGCAAAACUUGUACAUUUACAGUAAUUCAGAAUUAGUAAGGAAAACAGUUCACAAGUGUUUAGUUUUAUAUUGAGGUGCUCAGGUUUGAAUAAAGUGGUAUAAA